AUGAAUGGAGUGGAGCUUCAAGAUGGUGAGUUUGAAAGAGUUAAUGGCGAAUUCCUCAACAGAAUCUUCAAACUUCUCCUCCAAGAUGCAGUUAUCAAAGGCACUGAUAUACACAGCAAAUUAGAAGAAUUUGAACAACCAGAAAAAUUGUUUACUCAGUUAGACUUUGAAUUACGAGAUAAAGGGGAAGAUGAUGAUAUCCUCAUUGAACUAUGCAGAAAUACUAUAAAGUAUUGUGUUAAAACAGGUCAUCCCCACUUCUUCAAUCAACUGUACUCCGGCUAUGACCCAUAUGGGCUGGCAGGUGCCUGGUUAACAGAUGCACUCAAUACUAGCCAGUACACGUUUGAGGUUGCCCCAGUGUUUACAUUGAUGGAGGCCACAGUGUUUAAACGUAUGCGUGAAGCAAUAGGCUAUGAGAAUGGUGAAGGCGAUGGGAUAUUCUGUCCAGGUGGAUCAGUAUCUAACAUGUAUGGAAUUAGCCUGGCUAGAUUCCAGAGGUUUCCCAAUGUAAAGGAAGAAGGCAUGCAUGGUUUACCCAAACUCUGCAUCUUCACUUCACAACAGAGCCACUACUCGCUACUUAAAGGCGUUUCAUUCAUGGGGAUUGGUACAAAGUACCUCAUCAAGGUUGCAUGUGAUGCUAGGGGCAAGAUGGACCCUGUAGCACUGGAGAAGGCUAUCAUUGCAGCUAAAGAUCAGGGUCUAUACCCACUAAUGGUGAAUGCCACUGCUGCAACAACAGUUGUUGGCGCAUACGACCCAUUUAAUGCUAUUGCCGACAUCUGUGAGAAGUACUCACUUUGGAUGCAUGUAGAUGCAGCCUGGGGAGGGGGAGUCCUCAUGUCCAGGAAACAUAGGUCACUCAUGGCUGGUGUGGAGAGAUGUGACUCCAUGGCUUGGAAUCCUCAUAAGAUGAUGGGAACUCCGCUCCAGUGUGCUGUGUUCCUUACCAAACACAAGAAUCUCCUGAACGCAUGUCACUCUGCCAGCGCCAGAUAUCUUUUUCAACAAGACAAGAACUAUGAUGUGUCAUAUGACACUGGUGACAAAUCAGUGCAGUGUGGGCGUAAGGUGGAUGUAUUUAAGCUGUGGCUUAUGUGGAAAGCUAAGGGAAACAUUGGCUUUGAAAAGGAGAUCAACAAUGCAUUUGAAAAAUCAAGUUACUUAGCCAACAAGCUGAGGGAGACUCCAGGAUUUAGACUUGUUUAUGAUCAGCCUGAGUGCACAAAUGUGUGUUUCUGGUACAUUCCUCCAAGACUACGUGGUCAAGAAGAAACUCCCGAAUGGUGGGCAGAUCUUGGAAAGGUAGCCCCAGUGAUAAAACAGAGAAUGAUGGAGAAGGGAUCAUUACUGAUAGGGUACCAACCCUUGGAGGAAAAACCCAACUUCUUUCGCAUGGUUAUCUCGAAUCUCAAAACAACUCAGGAAUCCAUGGAUUUUGUUGUGUCUGAAAUUGAACUCCUUGGAAAGGACUUGUAACUUUAUUUACUAUAACAUACUGUUACACUUUAGUAGCCUUUUGCAGGCGGCAUCUGAUUCUUCGCCUGCCUUGUAUUAUUAUUAUUAAGCACUUCUAAUCAUCUUAUCAAAGAGAAAAGGACUUUAACAUGGGCUCAAAUAGUAUUUAGUAGCACCAGGAAACAUAUUGUAUGGCAGAUGCAUUGUCUUUCAGAUAUAUGAUUGGCUGUAUCCAAAGUAGUGAUAAAUAUGGUUUGGCCAUCGGCCACUCACAUUGCAAUAUUUUAUACAUGUGCAUAAUAAUUAACUCAAAUGUCUGUGUUCAAGUU